GCAUGUAGUAAUGCACAUGGCCCGUGUGUCUGGUGGAACCUGUCGGGGUCGCGGCCGCGAAAGCGCCCUCCCGUGGCCGUGGCUGUGGCCCUGGCCGCUUACCGCGGCCGCGACUCGUGCGACCGCUUUCCGCCUAAAGAGCUGCGGCACCCGUCCGCUGCCGCCAUGGCCUCCCCACCUCCGCGCCGCCUCGCGGCUCUCGCGGUGCACGUGACCGCAGCUCCCACCUUGGCCGCUCCGAGCCCUCUCCCGAACAACCGUCCAGGCGACAGCGACGUGAAACCCGUGAAGGACAGUUAUUUUGUGUCGGGGCAUUUUGAGCCGCGGGCCGACGAGAUCAGCGAGACGCUCUCUCUCGGCGCUUGCUGCCUUGAUGGUCGGGUGCCCGUGGGCCUUCGAGGCACUUUCCUCCGCAUCGGCCCCAACCCUCGAUUUGACUUCCGGGGCAAGCCCUACCACGUCUUCGACGGCGACGGCAUGAUCCACAAGGUUGAUUUUGCGGGUGACGGGGAGGGCGCCACAUACCAGAACAGGUGGGUGCGCACGAUGGCUUUCGAGAAGGAAGCCAAGAACGGCUUCAGUUUUUCCAUCAUGGGGGAGGCGGCCGAGGUGGCGCGCACUGGGAACUUGGCGUGGCUUCCGCACGCGCGGAGUACAGACGAUAUCGGGCGUGCCAACACCGCGCUCGUUUGGCACGAGCCGCGCGGUAAGCUGUUGGCUCUUUUCGAGCAGGACAAACCGUACGAAGUGGAUAUUGGCACUCUAGAGACGACACGCAGGGUGGACGAGUUCCCAUUCCCCACAUUCACUGCGCACCCGAAGGUCUGCUCCGUGACUGGAGACAUGGUGUACUUCGGCUACAUCAAUGGGCCCAAGGAGGGGCCUUGGCUACACUAUGGGGUCGUCGACGCUCGGGGUAAGCUGGUUCGCUCUUUCCCUGUGACAAUCCCCGCGCCAGUCAUGAUGCACGACAUUGCCGUCACCACAAACUAUUCUCUUUUUUACGAUUACAACAACAAGUACAACAACCCGAAGAAGGUCAUGAAAGGUGAGGCCAAGGCAAUGUACGAACAAGACGUCAGCCUGCCCGCACGCUUCGGUGUGUUGCCCCGUAUGGCGACGUCCGAACAUGACAUCCAGUGGAUCGAGUGCAAGCUCCCGUCGGUCGUAUUCCACUUUGCCAACGCCUGGGAGGAGGCUGAUGGAGAGCACAUUCGCGUAUACGGCUGUGCAAUGGAUUCUGUCGACCUCGACGACCUUGCGGGGACCGAGUCCCGUCCAAGCGGCGGGCGCAUGCACCUCUGGCGCUUGAAUAUCAAGACGGGAGUCUGUGAGGAGGAUCGUGACUUCGCUCAGGUGGCCACAAUGUCUUGCGACUUCCCUCAGGUGGCCAUGGACCGCGUGGGGCAGAAGUGCCGUUACGCGUACGCCGCGCACUUCAUCGCGGGCUUCACCGUCGAUGGCGUCAUCAAGUUCGACCUUGAGAACGAGACCUGGACCAGGCACCGGUACGACUCCGGCAAGCACGACUCAGGCGCGCCCGAUGGUGGCGUGUAUGGUGGCGAGAGCAUGUUCGCGCGCCGAGGUGACAGCGGAGAGGACGACGGGUGGUUGCUUUCAUUCACCUACGGGGACGCGCGGUGUGCGUCAAGCCUUGACAUCGUGGACGCUCGGACGAUGGAGAGGGUCAGCCGGGUUGCCAUGCCCACUCGCGUUCCGGCCGGGUUCCAUGCUCUGUGGAAGCCAGCCUCGGUAUGAGAAGGAGUUGCCGCGUGGACGUUCGGACGAUGGAGAGUGUCAAUCAGAGGAGAGGUUCAGCCGGUGUUUGUUCAAUUCUGCGAGUCCAAGUUUCUAGGCUUACUUAAUAAGAUGGCAUAGCCCGCAGUAGUCUGUAGGAUUGUUGAGGCAUGUCGGAAGUACAGAAUGGCAUUAUGUUUGGUGUUUUAAUUUUACGGCAGUUGAAAUCAUGUUUGCUGCCUGUAUGUGUUAGUGUUCCCACCGACGGCACCAACUUCCAAGUCCUCCUCAGCUCUACCCUUUGGCCGUUCUUUUACUACAUGACAGGCAAGGCCGCAGCGGCAAUGGCAGCGGCAGCAGCAGCAUGAGCAGCAGCAGAUGCGACGCUGGCCGCUGCAGUAUCAGCGCGUGCAUCAAGAGGUUGGCACAUGUAUACAAAGCCCCACCAUGUAUGAGCUUCAAAAUCGCGCCUGUGGCCCCCGCAAGCGCGUUGGCGAGUUCCUGCCCCCGCCCACGCCCUCAAGCGGCAUUCUGGACCCCUGCGGAGGCGGGAAAGCAUUCCACCCACCGGAGGCUAGACGAGCAACUCAAUAGCAUGUAAUAUUUCAAAUGAGGCAUUCGCCAAGCACUGUCUAUCUUGCAUGUGGGAUUGGAAACACCGUUUGUCACACAUGCCUUCUUGCGGCGCAUCUCGUUUCACGUGAACUUUCCGUGCAGUGUGACCACCUGGUGGCGCAUUCCGGAGUAGUGCGAUUAUCUUGCAGGGUUCCUACCAUCACGGCUGGGACUGCUGCGCGCAGCUAGCACGCGAAUGAUUGUGCGUUUCCGAUGGUGGCCUCCCCAGAAAGGAAAUCGCGGGAUGCACCAUAUUUGAAUCGGCGUGAAUUGCACUUCGCUCGGCAUGGUGGUAGAGGUGAGUUCAUGGACUUUCCCAACAUUGCCAAGCCACUGAUGUUCAUGUAUGAUCAAGUCCGCUAUUCGCCUUUGUGAUCCCGUGCUUGUCCACGGCGUUUUGUUAUUGGUAUCGUUUCG